AUGUCGGGCUCCGUACCUACAGUCAAUGCUCUGCAGGACAUCUACACGAAGCAGUCCCUUGGUGACCAAGGGGUACGGUGGAACAAGCUGCUUGAGAAGUUCCAGGCUACCUAUGGCCGACCGGCGCAGUUCGUGUCGCGAUCGCCGGGUCGCGUGAACAUAAUCGGCGAGCACAUCGACUACUCCCUGUACUCGUGCCUGCCCAUGGGCAUGACCCACGAUGUCAUCCUCGCCGUCUCCACUGACCGCGAGCCAUCCCAAGACGGCACCUACAAGCUCAAGCUCGCAAACACCGACGAACAGCGCUUCGCGACCCGCGAAUUCGACGUUCCCUUCUCCGAGGUCGAGAUCGAUGCGACACAGCAUGAGUGGACAAACUACUUCAAGGCGGGAUUGAGGGGAGCGCUGCAAUUGUUGAGGAAGAAACAUGGUGACGAUUUCAAGCCGAAGAGCAUGCAGGUACUGAUGGACGGGACCGUCCCGGCUGGUGGUGGCCUCAGUUCGAGCGCCGCCUUUGUGAGUGCCAGCGCUCUCGCUGUCAUGAUCGCGAACGGAGAGAAGGACGUGGACAAGAAAGACUUGACCGAGGUUGCUAUCGUGAGCGAGCGAGCUGUGGGUGUUAACUCUGGAGGUAUGGACCAGUCGGCCUCGAUCUUCUCGGAAAAGGGCUCAGCACUGCUGGUCUCCUUCGUUCCAUCUCUGUCCGCACGACCAGUCUUCUUUCCAAAGACGGAUCCCGAACUGUGCUUCAUGGUCGCGCAAUCCUACGUUACCUCGAACAAGCAAGUUACUGGACCGAUUCACUACAACCUCCGCGUUGUCGAAUGCAGCAUGGCAGCUGCAUAUCUGAAUGCCAAACUCUGCCCGUCAGGGACUGAACUCCCCAAAGACGCUGGGCCUCUGGGAGUUUCGAUACGUGGCUUUCACGAGAAUUACUUCAAAGACACCAAGAAGUCAAUGCCUGGGCAGCUCACAAAAUUGAUCGAGUUGACCAAGUCAACUUUGACUCAGGAGGAAGGAUAUACAACUGAAGAAGUAGCCUCUGGCAUCGGCAUCACAACUGAUGAAGUGAUAGCCCGUUUCAUGUCAAGUUUUCCCGUGCGAGGCGAACGCUUCAAGCUUCGCCAACGGGCGCUACAUGUCUUCACAGAAGCUCUGCGCGUCCUGCAGUUCCUGUCUCUUCUAGAAGACACAUCACAGGCUCCUUCAUCUGACAACACGGUCGAGUUCAACGCCAAGCUUGGAAAGCUAAUGAACGAAACACAAGACUCGUGCCGGGAGCUUUACGAGUGCAGUUGUCCCGAGAUUGACGAAAUGUGCACGAUCGCCCGGGAGGCCGGUGGCUACGGUAGCCGCUUGACUGGCGCCGGCUGGGGAGGCUGCAGCGUACACUUGGUGCCUGCUGACAAGGUGGAAGACAUCAGGAAGGCGCUGGUAGAGAAGUACUACUCCAAGAGGAAAUUCAGUGCCAAGGAGAUGGAGGCAGCCAUCGUUGUCAGUCGGCCAAUGAAUGGGAGCGCAGUCUACAAGGUUGUUGACGGGAAGGUAUGA